AUGCUGUCUGGCGAGACAGCGAAGGGUGCCUAUCCUGUAGAGGCAGUGCAAACAAUGGCAAACAUUUGCCGUGAGGCCGAGUCAGCCAUGUUCCACGGUCAGCUCUUCGACGACCUCAAGAGUGUGCUCGCUCUUCCUACCGACGCCACUCUUACCACUGCCAUCGCUGCUGUCGAGGCAUCCAAUCGCUGCCUGGCUCAGGCUGUAAUUGUCAUCACCACCAGCGGACGCACCGCUCAACUGAUUUCGCGCCAUCGCCCGCGCUGUCCAAUCAUCGCGGUGACACGUCAUGCUGUCGUAGCUAGGCAACUCCACCUCUACCGGGCUUGCCACCCCAUCUUCUACGGAGAUGCGCCCACAACACUGUCCUUCAGAUGGUCAAAGGUGGUUGCAAAGUUGGCCAUUGGAGAGGUGGAUAUCCCCCGAGAUGGAAGCUGUUGGCAUCCAACCUGUCAAGGUGGGCGUUUGGAUUGGGAUGUUGUCGAUGCGAGGGCGGUGUGGGGUGGUGACUGGGAUGGAGGUGGAGGUGGGGGUGAAGGCUGUGAUUCGUUGGAACUCGACCAGCAGAUGUCAUCAUCACUCUCUGAGAUGGGCAAGUGA